AUGGCUCCAGAUUUUGAGGUGGAAGAGAAAGGAUUAACUGUUGAGACAGCUGACAGAAUUGGAACUUUUGUUAGAGAGAAAGGACAUCCUUUAACGUUGUUAGAGAAGCUUAAACAAGAAGGCACUCUGGAUGAAUCAAAACGCCUUGAUAAGGUGGUUUUUGACUUGAGUCUUGCCAGAGGUCUUGAUUAUUACACUGGAGUUAUAUUUGAAGCUGUUUUCAAAGGGGGUGUUGAGGUUGGUUCAAUUGCUGCUGGUGGUCGAUAUGAUAACCUGAUAGGGAUGUUUGGUUCGAAGCAAGGUCCAGCAGUUGGUGUAAGUCUGGGAAUCGAGAGAGUAUUUGCCAUAAUGGAGCAACAACAGAAGGAUCAGAACCAGGCGAUCAUAAUGCUUGAUAUCUAA